AUGUUGCUCUUCUUGUCGCUGUUCCAUGUUUAUUUUGUUUCUGGAUUUGGUGGCAGGCAUAACCCGUUAGAGCACAUUGAUCAGGCUGCUGAAAAAAGAGCUUAUAAUAUUCAUCGCAUUGAUACUUUGAUACUGCUGAUCUUCGUUGCUUUACUGGUUUUAAUUGUUCUAACAGUAUGGUUUUUCAAGCAUCAUCGUUUUCGGUUUAUUCACGAAAGUGGUCUCACUUUAUGUUAUGGUCUCUUAAUUGGGCUUUUAUUGCGCUAUACAAAUAUUGGUGUAAUUGAAAGUCAAACUAUAGACGUUGUACAAAAGAAUGGCACUAUUGUACGAGAGCCACCGGAUUAUUUACGGCUUGAAGUUGAACUGGCCCGAACACAAAAAGUUCAGUUUCAUUAUGAACUGAUAGAAGGCUUCUUCGGGGAUAAAGAGAAACAAAGUGAGCGACAUCUUGAACAAAAGGCUGUGUUCUCACCGGAAAUAUUCUUCAAUUUACUUCUUCCUCCGAUAAUUUUCAACGCUGGUUAUAGCUUGAAGAAGCGGCAUUUUUUUCGAAAUAUUGGCAGCAUCUUAACUUUUGCUUUUGUUGGGACGACCAUAUCAGCUAUAUUCAUUGGAUUAAUAAUGUAUUCAUUUUGCUGGCUAUUUUCGGUUUCAUUCACAUUUAAAGAGCUCCUUUUUUUCGGUUCAUUGAUGUCUGCAACUGAUCCAGUGUCAAUAUUGGCUGUUUUUCAAGAGAUGCAAGUUGAAUCAGAUUUAUACGCAUUAGUUUUUGGUGAAAGUGUACUGAAUGAUGCAGUUGCAAUUGUUUUGUCAAGCUCUGUGGAUAACUUUUCUUCAUCGGAUAAAUGGUUGGAUUUGGAUGCGUUAUUUGCUGCUAUUGCCGACUUUUUGUCUGUUUUUUUUGGGUCACUUCUGCUAGGUUCAGUUAUUGGAUGUGCUACGGCUUUAAUUACAAAAUUAACAGAAGUCAAAGAAUUUCCAUUGCUUGAAUCAGUGCUUUUUAUUCUUUUAUCGUAUUUUUCAUUUCUUGUGGCAGAGUUUGUAGAAUUAACAGGAAUCGUGGCUGUUCUGUUUUGCGCUAUAUGUCAGGCUCAUUAUACUUAUAACAAUUUAUCUGAUGAAGCUAGAACAAGAACAAAGCAGUUUUUUGAGGAAGUUUCGUUUUUAAUGGAAAGUUUUGUUUUUUGCUAUAUUGGUGUAAGUGUUUUCAUAUCACACAGCCAGCAGUGGAGUAUUUCUUUCUUUCUAUGCACUUUGCUCGCACUCUUAUUAUCCAGAGCAGCUUAUGUAUAUCCAGUUUCUGCGGUUCUUAACAUUUAUCGGAAACCUCAAAUUCCGCUGCGUUACCAACAUAUGAUGCUUUUUUCGGGAUUACGAGGUGCUAUGGCUUUUGCUCUGGCAUAUCGUAAUACGGCUACUGAUAAUCGUCAAAUAAUGGCUACAACUACAAGCAUGGUUGUAAUCGUGACUGUAUUAUUCAAUGGUGGUCUAGCUUCCUGGUUUACUGAAUAUGUGGGAAUCAAGCACGGUAGAGAUGCUUGUGAUGAAUCGCAACUCCAGUUAAAUACGGAUGAAAGCCAUCCAGACAAUAUGAAUACACCCUCUAGUCUCAGUGGGCAAAAUCCAUGGGAUAAAGCAUGUUUGCCUCGAAAAUGGUACAACUUUGAUGCUACUUUCAUGAAGCCAUUUUUAACUAACGCAAAUCCCACGUUACUGGAAACGUUGCCAUCAUUUAUGGCACCAUUAGCAAAAAUGUUCACAACUGAGCAGCAGCUAAGCAUGCAUGCAACCAUUUUUUUAAGUGAAGAAAGUGAUCUAUCAAAAGCACAGAGUGCAGUGAUGAUAUUGCGAUGA